GUGAAUAAUUAAUCCACAGGACAAACGGCGAUGAAUAGGAAAACAACGUCGUACGAAUUUCCCUCGCUUUCUCUAUCUCAGAGAGUCCGACACCACCGCCUCUAAACCCUGUUUUAGGGUUUAAACCCAAAACCCUAAAAGCGCUUAAAAACCUUCCAAAUCCUAAAACAAUCUAAGACCUUUUCCGAACAAACCCAUUUGUGUAAUAAUCGAUGCAUGGUCAGCGAAACCCUCCAGUUCUUCGCUCAACUGCGAAGGGCUUCAAAGUUCCCAAGCCCUUUCACCUUCAACAAGCUCCUCCACAGCCUCGUCGAUUCCAACUGCGGCGAGCUUUCCCUCAAAUUCCUCUCAUUUUUUCUCUCCAAAGGGUAUGUUCCCCACCCUUCUUCGUUCAAUUCCGUUCUUUCUUUCCUUUGCAAAUUGGGAAACUUCUGUUUCGCUGAAAAGGUUGUGGAUUCAAUGCCCGGUUUCGGGUGUGUACCCGAUGCUGUAACUUACAAUUCUUUGAUCGAUGGUUACUGUAAGAAUUUUGAUAUUGAAAGGGGUUGUUUGGUAUUGAAGAAAAUUCGUGUGGGACAUUGUAACCCUGAUGUGGUCACGUUUAAUAUAUUGCUGAAUGGGUUUUCGAAGCUGAAAAUGAAGAAAGAAGCAUUUGUGUAUAUGGGAUUGAUGUGGAAAUGUUGCUUGCCCAAUGUGGUUACUUAUAGUACUUUUAUUGAUAUGUUUUGUAAAAUGGGAGAUUUGGAUAUGGGUUAUAAAGUGUUUAGUGAUAUGAUGAAGAAUGGGGUGUUUCCGAAUUUGAUUGCUUUCACUUCUUUGAUUGAUGGAUAUUGUAAGGCUGGAAAUGUGGAAAUGGCAUUUGAAUUGUUUGAGAAGAUGAAGCAAUCUUCACUUUCGCCAAAUGUGGUUACUUAUACUGCAUUAAUCGAUGGUCUUUGCAAACAUGGGAUGUUGGAAGGAGCUGAGUCAUUGUUUUCUAAAAUGUUGGAAGAUGGGGUUGAGCCUAAUUCAGCUGUUUACACUUCAAUGAUAGAUGGAAACUUUGUAAAAGGGAAUGUAGAUAAUGCCAUAAAGUAUGUGAUUAAAAUGCGCGAGCAAAAUAUUAGGUUUGAUUUGACCACAUUUGGGGUGAUUAUUUGGGGCUUCUGUAAAACUGGUCGGUUAGAUAAAGCAAUGGAGGUUAUGGGAAUUGUGGUAGCAAGUGGAUUGGCGCCAGAUAAGAUCAUUUUAACUACCAUUAUGGAUGCACAUUUCAAGUCUAGGAAUUUAAAAGCAGCUUUGAAUUUGUACAGGGAACUAUUAGUUAGGGGUUUUGAACCCGAUGUCAUCACUCUUUCAACAUUAUUGAAUGGCUUAUGUAAGCAUGGGCAUCUACAAGAGGCUAGACGCUAUUUUUGUAGGGAGAAGGCAAAUCAAAUCUCAUACACAGUUCUUAUUGAUGGGAUAUGCAAGGAAGGACAAUUCAAUGAGGUUGAGAUGGUCUUAAAAGAGAUGUCUGAGGUAGGGUUUGUUCCAGAUAAAUAUGUGUACACAUCUUGGAUUGCUGGGCUCUGCAAGCAAGGAAAUCUAGUGGAGGCUUUUAGACUAAAGAAUAAAAUGGUUAAAGAGGGAGUUGAACCUGAUCUAUUAACUUAUAGUUCCCUAAUAUCUGGUUUAGCAAGUAAGGGGCUAAUGAUUGAAGCAAAACAGGUUUUUGAUAAUAUGUUGAAAAUGGGAAUCACUCCAGACUCUGCUGUCUAUGAUAUUCUGGUUAGAGGCUACCUUAAGGAGGGUGAUGAAGCUGCAGUUUUAGGUUUGCAUGAUGAAAUGAUAAAGAGAGGACUUUCAGUUAUUAGAGGAAAAUAGGUUGUAGAGAAGUUUUGCUCUUGUUAAUAUGCGAUGGUUCCAUCAGGUAUUCCUUGUCAGGCUAAUAAUAUGAAAUACCUCAAGGAUGAAUUUUAUUUGGUCAUCUUCAGUUUUCAGCCUAGUCAACUAUGCGGUGCUUGUGUGAGAUUAAUCCGUUUUUGGGUGAUGCGUUAUUCAAGGUAUGUUAUUAGCUGAAAGAAAAAGAAAUGUUGCCAAUAUGUUUAAUGUGUUGGCUAAGACUUACCAGAUCUUUCCUCCCGAAAUAAGUACGCGUAAUGAAGUUUAAGAGGCUAUGAUGUGCAUGUAAACAUGCUUGUGAAAUCCUGAUCAUUACCAUCAAACUUGCCUCUUCGACGCUAGCAGCUGCUGAUAACAGUAGUCUCCACCACAUCCCAGUGGAUGCCCUCACUUGGUAUGAUGAAGUCUUUUGCAGAGUAAAUAAUCCAUUAGUAAUCUCAAGAUGUAGACUUUCUUUUUUCAUGAUAAGAAGACUCUUUCUAUUAAAAGGGUAUCAAUAUUCCUGCAUCAGUAUUUUAUUUUGCUUGUUAGUUCAUAAAUGAUAAAGGGUAGCAUAAGAAAUGAAUUGUUGGAAGCCAUUGACUUGCAAAAUUUUUUUUUCUGGCGAGGAUGGUCCUUGGUGUUGCUGGUCCAGUGCUCCUAUAUAUACAAGGUCUAUUAUGCCGUUGGCUUGGUCAUAUUGCAAUACCCUGUAAUACGUUUACAUUGCAAUAUUAUUAUUAUUAUUAUUAUUA